AUGGAAAAAGAAGUUGCACGAGAAGUACGUCAGCCUGGUCUUCAAUUAAUCUGCCGUUUUGUUCGGUUCAAAGGUACUAAACGGAUUGGGCGGCAGUUAGCAGGAAGCAGUGGUGUGAAUGUUUUACUGGAUUGUUUUCUAAAAGGCACGUAUGAAAGUUAUAUCGUAGAAUUGUGCGAUGCAUCGUUUGAACUUCGUGAAAAGUUCGAAAGUCCAGGUUGUAUAACUAAAAUUGUUAACACUCAGCCACGACCCGAAUACAUGCUUAGAAUGUUAUUAUGCUUUGCACAGGAUGCGUGGGGCCGAGCUGCACUUCGUGGGCAUGGAGCUAUAGAUGUACUCGUUGAAGGGCUUGAAACAACUGAUACUGCGCAACAGUCAUUGAUAAUAUAUAUUAGGUACUUUAUUCAUGAUGGAAGUGGACUAAGCUAUUUGGCAUUUUCCACUAAGUUCUUGGACAUAGCUGUGGAUCACAUAAAUUUGUUUCUUAUGAAUAACAAACGCGCUUGUGGUGUAAGUUAUUCAUUUAUUAAAUUUUUUCAGAUGUUGUCACGUUCUGAAACGACCAUCGACCUGUUCAAUCGGAUUGCAGAUUUAAAGUCGGGUACUUCAUCAAGUUUACUGUCGGCUAAAAAUGUAUUUUCCGAAUGUCUUUCAUCAUGGAGUCCUUCUCAUUCACCACCUACUGGAAUGUGCUCGCCACAGCACUCACCUAAAUCACCCCCGUCAUUGAUUGAUGAAUACAUUGAAUGCAUGGAGCAUCCACUAUCCACAAACGAUCCAACAAAAGAUAAUUGUGCUCUUUCUUCACAGCACUCUUCAAAAAAUACAGAGCUUGUGAUUGGUGAAAUAUAUAUAUUAGCGUGGCUAUCGCACAGCGAAUCUAAUAUGAAUCGUUUAAUUACAUCCCAAAUUGUUAGUACUUUAUUGAAAUAUAUUGCUGAAGCGCCAUCAAUGAUUUCCAAGGCACCACGUACUAUUAGGCGAAUUUUCCGUCAUCGCCUAGCCGUGGAAAAUUUAUCUCAUUUAGAACUUCAUACUCUUGUGAUACAUAUUUUGAUAAUGCGAAAAUGUCAGACUGGAAGACGGGUUUCACUGUGCUCAGAUUGCGCUAUUAGAAAAGAUUUCGGCACUGCAUUGCUGGAAGAAUUUUCGUCACAUAUCGAUGCACCAUUUGGAUUAGAAGUUUUAAAAAAUAUGUUUAGAUCAAAUAAAGAGAUUGAGCACAUAAAGGCUUGUAUAGCUGCACUGCAUCUUGUAAGACGAGUAGAUAAUUGGAAGCGUAUGCUAAUGUACCAUAAACCGGUUGAGCGUCUUCUAUUGAAAUUGCGAGAACUGCUGAAUGAUAAUAACUAUAAGAAAAGUUGGCAAGUUACUACAUACAACAACGGACCAACACUGAUUCGUCAAAUUUUGGUUGCGUUAUCAUAUUUGGUUCCAACACAUGUUCUAGCAAGUUCCUUACACGUAAUUUGGGGUGAUAUGUCUGAAUAUAUAAACAAGCGGUUAUCCCUUAAUCGAUGUGCUCUUAAGUAUCCAAAUAUGGUUCAAGGAAAACUUUUGCGGGCUUCGUCUGAAUCAUCAGAAUUUAUUACGAUUAAAUGUGGGGAAUUGAGAAGGGUUGUUCCGAAAAAGAAUUUAUGUGAAGGAAGCGAGUAUUUUCGUGGUAUGUUUGAAAGCGGGUUUUCGGAGAAGUUCCGUAAUACGUUCGAUUUUAAUGAAGAACAAGAACAGUGUUCUUUUCUUGUAUUCACUACAUUAUUACAUUUUAUUUGUGGUUGUGGAAGAUCAUGCGUGAAAGUGAACAACAACGAUAUACCUGCCUUGUUAAAGCUAUCAGAUCGCUAUCUGUGUAUUUCAAUAGGUUCUAUGCUAUUAGAUUCAGAAAGUCCAAUCAGGAAUUUGGUGAAUGGUGAGACAUUGCCGACUUAUUUAGAAGUACUCCUUUGCACUGGAAGUGAUAAAUGUAAUGUACUAAGAGACGCUUGUAUUAGCUGCUUGACAAGAUAUUGCACGGAGGAACAGAUGUUAAAUGCACUAAAGAUCGUAGCUCGCAAUCCGGUAGCAGUAAACUCUUUAAUGGAAAUAAUCCAGUCUUUUUUGACUGAUUAUUGCGGACGGAGGAAAAUGACGUAUGAAGAAAUACUAGAGGUGUAACC